AUGGAAGAUCCAAAUCUUAUAUUAUACACAUCCCUUCCUCUCAUCAUCCUCCUAAUAACUCUCAAGCUCUUCCUCCUAACCAAAAAACCACAAAAGAACCUCCCACCAAGCCCACCGGCUCUUCCGGUCAUCGGUCACCUCCACCUCCUAAACUCCCCCAUCCACCGCACCUUCCGCGACCUCUCCCAAAAAUACGGCACCAUUUUCUCCCUCCGGUUCGGCUCUCGCCGCGUCGUCGUCGUCUCCUCCCCUUCCGCCGUCGAGGAAUGCUGCACCAAAAACGACGUCGUCCUCGCCAACCGCCCUCCCCUCAUCACGGCCAAGCACAUCAGCUACAACUACACCACCAUCGUCUCCUCCCCCUACGGCGACCACUGGCGCAACCUCCGCCGAAUCGGCACGCUUCAAAUCUUCUCCUCUUCCCGACUCAACGUGUUUAGGGGCCUCCGAAGAGACGAGGUGAAGCGCUUGCUCCGCCGGAUCUCUCAAAACUCGCUACGAGGUUCGGGGAAGGUCGAGCUGAAGUCGAUGCUUUCCGAGCUGACGUUGAACGUCAUAAUGAGAAUGGUCGCCGGGAAGAGGUACUACGGCGACGACGUGUCGGACCAGGAUGAAGCAAAGAAGUUUAAGGAAGUGAUUAAGGAGGUUUCUGAGAAUGGUGGGGGGGCUAAUCCGGCCGAUUUUGUGCCUAUUUUGAAUUGGAUUUGGGGUGGUUUUGAGAAGAAAAUGAAGAGGCUUGCGAUGAGAACGGACACUAUUCUGCAGAGUUUGAUCGACGAGCAUCGGAGUAGGAAAGAGAGUAAGAACACCAUGAUUGAUCAUUUGCUUUCUUUGCAGAAGUCGCAGCCUGAGUAUUACACUGAUCAAAUUAUCAAAGGCUUCGCACUGAUAAUGUUAUUGGCUGGGACCGAUACAUCAUCGGUGACACUAGAAUGGGCAAUGUCCAAUCUCCUUAACCAUCCCAGCAUUCUUAAAAAAGCUAAAGCUGAAUUGGAUGCUCAAGUUGGUCAACAACACUUGGUAGAAGAGUCGGAUCUCUCAAAAUUAAAUUACCUCCAAAACAUCAUCUCCGAGACUCUUCGGCUAUAUCCAGCGGUUCCACUGCUUGUUCCCCACUACUCAUCCGGCGAUUGCACCGUUGGCGGAUAUGACGUGCCACGUGGCACGGUGUUAUUCAUUAACGCAUGGGCCAUACAUAGAGACCCCAAGUUGUGGGAGGAUGCGGAGAGUUUCAAGCCCGAGAGGUUUGAGAAUGGGGAGAGCGAGAGUUACAAGCUAUUUCCAUUUGGGCUUGGAAGGAGGUCUUGUCCCGGAAUAGGCCUGGCCCAGCGUGUUGUGGGCUUGACUUUGGGCUCGUUGAUUCAGUGCUUUGAGUGGGAGAGGAUUGGCGAGGAAGAAGUUGAUAUGGCUGAGGGUAAAGGGCUUACUAUGCCUAAAGCAGUGCCAUUAGAGGCCUUGUGUAAAGCACGGCCCAUUAUGAACGUUGUUCUCUCUGAAGCCGUCGAUGGUAUUAAUUGAAGGCAAAAUAUAAGAUUGCUGUUGUAAUAUUUAUGUAAGACUAUAUAACGAGUUCCUCAGUAGGUAUAAGUAAUAUUGAGCUCAUCUUGUUUGGUCAAUAUUAUUA